GCAGACUGACGAGUGAGAGCCACAGAGGCAGCUACCCAACUCCAACCCAAUGAGCUCGCAGCGCCUCGCACUCACACACACACUUGCACUCACACACACACACACACACACACGCUCUGCCUCGGCACCGGCUCCUCGCUCCAACCCUGGGACGCAGAGGCAGAAGAAGGAGGAGAGGAGAGAGACGCGGCGACUGGCUGAGAGGCAGAGUAAGGGCGAGGGAGUCAGAGCGGGCGAGCGAGGCAGAGCGAGACCGGCGGGUGCGAGGGAGGACCAUGGCUUCAGAUCCGGGGCUGGCGGCGAUGCUGCUGUGGACUAUAUCACUACAGGCUCUGGGCACAGCAGGAACGAGCAGCAACGAAGUGAAUCUGCUGGACACGACCACCAUCACAGGAGACUGGGGCUGGCUCACGUACCCGUCACACGGGUGGGACGCCAUUAAUGAGAUGGACGAGUACUUCACCCCCAUCCACACGUACCAGGUCUGUAAUGUGAUGAGCCCCAGCCAGAACAACUGGCUGAGGACGGGCUGGAUCCCCAGAGAGGGAGCCCGGAGAAUCUACAUCGAGGUCAAGUUCACGCUGCGAGACUGUAACAGCAUGCCUGGAGUGCUGGGCACCUGUAAGGAAACCUUCAACCUGUACUACUACGAGUCGGACCGUGCAGUGGGCUCGGCCAUACGGGAAAACCAGUUCAUUAAGAUCGACACCAUAGCAGCUGAUGAGAGCUUCACGGGGGUGGACCUGGGCGUCCGCAGGCUCAAACUCAACACUGAGGUCCGAGGCGUGGGCCCUCUGGCCAAGCGCGGCUUCUACCUGGCCUUCCAGGACAUCGGCGCCUGCAUCGCCCUCACGUCGGUGCGCGUCUACUACAAGCGCUGCGUGGGCGUGAGCCGUAAACUGGCAGUGUUCACCGACGUGGUGACCGGCGCCGACUCCUCGUCCCUGGUGGAGGUCAGGGGUCAGUGCGUGGACCACGCGGAGGAGCGAGACACACCCAAGAUGUACUGCAGCGCUGAGGGCGAGUGGCUGGUGCCCAUCGGGAGGUGCGUGUGCUCCGCCGGCUUCGAGGAGCACAGAGACUCCUGCGUAGCGUGUGAGGUGGGUUUCUAUAAGCCAGUGGCGGGCGACGGCCUCUGUGGUAAAUGUCCUCAGCACAGCCACUCAGAGACCAGAGCUGCCCUCUCCUGCCCCUGCGACUCCAGCUACUAUCGGGCGGCGGACGACCCACCGGCGGCUCCGUGCUCCCGCCCUCCCUCUGCUCCAGUGAACGUCAUCUCUUCAGUCAACGGGACCUCGGUCAACUUGGAGUGGGACCGGCCUCUGGAUACUGGAGGGCGCAGCGACCUGCAGUACAGCUUGUUGUGCCAGAGGUGCUCGGGGGAGGGGGGGCUGUGCGAGGACUGCGCCUCGUCCCCGGGGGGCUCCGGGGCGGGGAAGGCGCCCGUGGGGGCCGGCUUGGGGGCGGGAGGCCUGGUGGAGCGCACGGGCACCGCGGCGGUGCGGUUCAUCCCUCGCCAGGCCGGGCUCACGGAGCCCUGGGUCACGGUGCUCAACCUGGUGGCCCACACCAACUACUCCUUCCGCAUCCUGGCCUCCAACGCUGUGACGCACCUGAGCAGCGAGUCUCCGCUGUACGCAGUGGUCAACAUCACCACAAACCAGGCAGCGCCCUCUGAGGUGCUGGCCAUCCGCCAGGAGAACACCAGUCAGAACAGCGUGACUCUGCUGUGGCACGAGCCGCGUCAGCCCAACGGAGUGAUUCUGGAGUACGACAUCAAGUACUACGAGAAGGAUAAUGAAGAGCAGAGCUACUCCACUCUGAAGUCUAAGAACACCAGCGCCCGGGUGUCAGGGCUGAAGCCAGGCACCAAGUACAUCUUCCAGGUCCGAGCCAGAACGUCAGCAGGCUGCGGCCGCUUCAGCCAGAACGUGGAGAUUCAGACAGGCAAAGCAGCCCCCAUGCGCUACAACACCAUGACCAUCAUCUGGAUUUGCAUGGCCCUGGUGUCCGGCCUGAUCACCUUCCUGUCCAUCAUCAUCUGCAGGAAACGGCAAGGCAACACUUUACCACACUACCCAUCGCUGCUACACUGUGGCUACAGCAAAGCCUUCCAGGACUCUGAUGAGGAGAAGAUGCAUUACCAGAACGGCCACGUGUCAUUCCCCGACGCGAGGUUCUAUAUCGACCCGCACACAUACGAGGACCCCUGCCAGGCGGUCCACGAGUUUGCCCGAGAAAUUGAAGCUUCCAGGAUCAAAAUCGAGAAAAUCAUCGGUUCAGGGGAGUUUGGAGAGGUGUGCUAUGGACGCAUGCGACUCCCAGGGAAACGCGACAUCCCCGUGGCCCUGAAGACCCUGAAGGCAGGAUACACGGAGAAGCAGAAGAGGGACUUCCUGGCUGAGGCGUCCAUCAUGGCUCAGUUUGACCACCCCAACGUCAUCCGUCUGGAGGGAGUGGUGACCCAGAGCAAACCAGUGAUGAUCAUCACAGAGUACAUGGAGAAUGGCUCGUUGGACUCCUUCCUCAGGAGACACGACGGCCAGUUCACCAUCAUCCAGCUGGUGGGGCUGCUGCGUGGCAUUGCAGCAGGGAUGACCUAUCUGUCUGACCUGGGCUACAUCCACAGGGACCUGGCCGCUCGCAACAUCCUGGUCAACAGCAACCUGGUGUGUAAGGUGUCGGACUUCGGCCUGUCCCGAGUAUUGGAGGACGAUCCCGACGCUGCAUACACCACUAGUGGUGGGAAAAUCCCGAUCCGCUGGACAGCCCCUGAAGCCAUAGCAUACAGGAAGUUCUCCUCCUCCAGUGACGUGUGGAGCUACGGCGUGGUCAUGUGGGAGGUGAUGUCCUACGGGGAGCGGCCCUACUGGAACCUGACCAACAGAGACGUGAUCAAAUCGGUGGAGGAGGGCUACCGGCUGCCCGCCCCAAUGGGCUGCCCCGCCGCUCUGCACACACUCAUGCUGGACUGCUGGCAGAAGGAUCGCAACGAGAGGCCUCGCUUUUGCCAGAUAGUCACCGUUCUUGACAAGCUAAUCCGCAACCCAGAGAACCUGAAGUCUCUGGACGCUCUCUGCAGCCAUCUGUCUCUCUCUCUCGGCCGCAGCUUAAACAGCCCUCCGCUGAUGGAGAGAGCUCUGCCCGACUUCAGCAGCUGUAACUCAGUGGAUGAGUGGCUGGACACCAUAAAGAUGGGCCGCUACAAAGACCACUUUGCAGCCGGCGGGUACCACACUCUGGGCCACGUCGUGGGCAUGAACCAGGGGGACAUCCAGAGACUCGGGGUGACGCUCAUGGGACACCAGAAGAAGAUCAUGACCAGCGUGCAGCUGAUGAGGGCGCAGGUCCUGAACAAGAGCGUGCCGUCGGUGCACGUAUAGCCCCGGCACAGCAGCAUCUAGAACCUGACGCGUCUGUGAGGUCUAGAGGGACUGCAGGGGAACCAGACGAGCACAUGAGCGCCAGAAGGAUUUUUGGAGAACGGGACCUUUUUCUGGAGAUUAAGAACAAAAAGGUUUUAACUACAGACCAAGUAAAACAGACUUCUUUGGGACACGUGCGACCUUUUAAUUUUUUCCUAUUUGAUUACAAUUUCUGGGUUAAAUGUCUUGUUUAUAAAUGGAAAGACUGCCUUAAUUGCCACAAAUCAAUUUAAUUUUAUUGUAUACAAAGAAAAGAUAAUUUAUGGAUCAUGAAUUUAUCAGAGUGCUAUGAUUUACUGAACCUGUGCGGGUGGAGGGACGCGGCGGAUGGAGCUUCCCACGCGAUCUGCUGACGCUCGCUGCUUCUCGUGCAGCGAAGACGUGGAGAAGUGAGGUUUGCCGGAUCGUCUCCUCGGCGGAGAAGACCUACAGUACUUCACCCCAGGCUAUUAAUACCAACACAGGCACGUUUCUCCACUGUACAACCUUGAUGAAUGACCCCAGGAGAGCCCGCAGCCUUCUGUCCAGUUUGAAGCCGCACAACUAAUGUACUGGGAGGAGAUAAGAGCUUAGAGUGCACUUUAUUCCAAAAUCUAUCUGUGGUGUGAAGGCUUUAAAGUCCCAGUCUCUACGCAGCUAUACGUGAAGCCAGAGCAUCCUGCUACAGAAACCUAAAAAACAUAUAGAAAAGUCAUAUCUAACACCAUUUAUUAUAAUUUCCACUGUGAAAAUAAAGUGCAUAUAUUGAAAUGACAGAUGGUAUGUGUUUAAAAUAAUUUGGCACAACAUCUGAUCUAGAGUCAGUAUAUUUAGAGAUUUAUUGUUGGAUAUUUUAACGAAGGCUUCCAAACCCACUGCCCUUUAAAGUCCUUAAAUCCGAAGCAAAUGUUUUAAAUUUUAUUUGUGAUGUAAAAAUGUCUGUUUGACCUUGGGAGCAGCAGCCGUCGAGGCUCUUCCUGUCAGGUAAGUGUUGAACCUGAGCUGAGCUUCUUCCUGCUUCUAGCUCAAAGGUAUUUCAAGAGUUCUGCUUAAAUAUUAAAACAUUACUUCUCACAGCAUGUCAGGUACUUGUCUUCCCCUUUUGUUUAAACUACAGAAACACUUUUUUGUGGCUUAAAUACAUUCAAAACAUCCCAUAAAUUGGAAGCAUCUCGCACUAACUUCAAAAAUCCAAAUUUAUUGUAGCACCAUGUCAAUGACAGAACUGGCAUUUUAAUGCCAUGACACCUUCUCUCUUCUACAACUUCUAAUUUCUUGACACCGAAGACAAACAUGGUACCGAAGCUUAUGUCAACAUAUUUACUAAUGGUACAUAUCUGAGCACAUGCACAAUGAAGUGUUACCUCUGUUUAAAUGUGAUGACACUGUUUGCCUCAGAGCUGCCGAUCAGCUGGAGAACAGGAGGCUCUGAACGUCCAUCAGCCGUGUUCUUUCCCCAUGCGCAUCAAGAGAACGUCCUUCCUGUGCACCUCAGUAGGUUUUCCUCUAGAUGGUUGAUGUCAGUUUUUAUUAGUGAAGAACCUCAUAAUGUACUGGAGUUUGUAUUAUAGCGGCGUUUCACUACUGCUUUUUCUCCAAGACACUGGACUUGAACUGAAGAAUCAUAUUUUAUAAUGUUAGGAUAUGUUUUUGCUAGAUGAAUUGAUUUAUAAUGUUUACAGCAAGUUCAGUCACUGGAGGAACGGAAAAAAGAUUUAUUCACAACCUAUUUAUUCAUAUUCAUGUUUCCAAAUAAUACAACUGCAAGAGGUUUUAUUACAGUUGAUGAAUCAUCUUUGUUGCUAAUGAUAAUUCAUAAAUGUGCAAACUGUCCAUAAAUACACAAUAAAGGAACGUUUGUCUGUGUGUGACUGCAA